AUGGUUUACUUGACUCAUACCAUUUCUAACGAUCGAAUAGAACACGAAAGGGAUAAUAGUGGCGAACGAGUUUUCUCUUCCACUGUUUACGGAACUCGUUGGGCUAUUGAGCCUAUUCCAAGAUAUGAGUUGCCUGAGGGAGAAAUGCCUCCAGAUGUCGCUUAUGAAUUAAUCAAAAGUGAACUUGCGGUUGAUGGGAAUCCGGCUCUGAAUUUGGCAUCAUUUGUCACAACAUUUAUGGAGAAAGAAGCCGAAAAAUUGAUUAUGGAAAAUUCGUCGAAAAAUUUUAUUGAUUAUGAAGAAUACCCUGCUUCUGUUGACCUACAGAGUCGCUGUGUCAACAUUAUUUCUCGUCUAUUUAAUGCGCCGGUAGAAAGUCGAGAAUCCGAAUCCCUGGGUGUAUCGACCGUGGGUUCUUCAGAAGCCAUAAUGUUAUCCGUGUUGGCAAUGAAGAAGUUGUGGAAAAAGAGAAGAAUUUCCGAGGGAAAGUCGACUGCACGUCCGAAUUUGGUUAUGUCUGCCUCAGUUCAAGUUUGCUGGGAAAAAGCAACAAGAUAUCUUGAGGUUGAAGAAAAAUUUGUUUAUUUAAAGGAGGGAGAAUACAUCCUCAACCCUCAAAAAGCUGUGGAUCUUGUUGAUGAAAAUACAAUCGGUGUUUGUAUUAUACUAGG